AUGUACUCGAACAAAAGUGAGCUGCCACGCAGAGGGCGAUCUUUUGACUCCAUCAACAUUGGCUUGUCUUUUGAGGAGAAGCAACUGAACAAUGAGAUGAACAAGGCAGCUUUCCCAAAGAUCGAUGAGAACAAAGACAACAAAACGGAUAACAAGACUGCGUCGACAGAGAAAGGACGUGCAGCUAUAGUUUUCUCCCUGAAGAAUGAAGUUGGAGGCCUGGUAAAGGCACUGAAACUUUUUCAGGAAAACCACGUGAACCUCGUGCACAUAGAAUCCCGAAAGUCAAGGAGGCGGAACUCUGAGUUCGACAUCUUCGUCGACUGCGACAGCAACCACGAGCAGCUUAAUGAGAUCAUUCAGUUACUUAGAAAGCACGUGAACGUUGUGGACAUGGAUAACUCCACCUUGAUCGAAGAAGAUGUGGAUAUGGAGAAUGUUCCGUGGUUUCCAAAGAAGAUCUCUGACUUGGACCUGUGUGCUAACCGUGUGCUGAUGUAUGGCUCUGACUUGGACGCAGACCACCCGGGCUUCAAAGAUAAUGUAUACAGGAAGAGAAGAAAGUAUUUCGCAGAUUUGGCCAUGAGCUACAAACACGGGGAUCCCAUCCCUCGUAUCGAGUUCACAGACGAAGAAGUGCGGACGUGGAGUGUUGUGUUUCGGGAGCUAAAUAAACUGUACCCUACCCAUGCCUGCCGCGAAUAUCUGAAGAACCUGCCGCUGCUCACCAAGCACUGCCAGUACAGAGAGGACAACAUCCCUCAGCUGGAGGAUGUGUCGCGCUUCCUCAGAGAGCGCACUGGCUUCACCAUCAGGCCUGUGGCAGGCUACCUCUCCCCAAGGGACUUCCUGGCAGGGCUGGCCUUCCGGGUGUUUCACUGUACGCAGUACGUCAGGCACAGCUCGGACCCGCUGUACACUCCAGAGCCGGACACGUGUCAUGAGCUGAUGGGCCACGUGCCCCUGCUGGCUGAGCCCAGCUUCGCCCAGUUCUCCCAGGAACUCGGACUGGCCUCGCUAGGAGCCUCCGACGACUCUGUGCAGAAACUUGCCACCUGCUAUUUCUUCACAGUGGAGUUCGGUCUGUGCAAGCAGGAGGGAAAGCUGAGAGCCUAUGGAGCCGGUUUACUGUCCUCCAUCAGCGAGCUUCAGCACGCCCUCUCAGGCAACGCACGGAUAAUGCCCUUUGACCCCAUCACCACGUCCAAACAGGAGUGUCUGAUCACCACCUUCCAGGAAGUAUACUUUGCAUCAGACAGCUUCGAGGAAGCCAAGGUUAAAAUGAGGGAGUUUGCGAAGACCAUCAAGCGUCCGUUCACGGUGCGCUACAACCCCUACACACAGAGCGUGGACGUGCUGAAGGACACCCUUAGCAUCAACAGCGUGGUGGAGGAGCUCAGACACGAGCUGGACAUAGUGGGCGACGCCCUCAGCCGACUCAACAAGAAGCUGGGAGUGUGACUGCAGCCAGAGGCCUCAGGCCAGAGCUGGGGAGUGGGUGAAAAAAACAGAGGGAUUGAGUGAAAAGAACAGCAGUGUUGUGACUUUAUUGGUAAAACAACAAACCUAACAAAACAAACAGAAAGGAUCCUUUUCAACUGUUAAUAACCCUAUCAUCACCCAACAUGCUCAAAUUAUUUAACUUUAAUGGCUGAAUCUCUUGCAAAAAACGCACACAAUUACACAAUUUUUUUUUCAAAUAGGCCUACUAGGCCUACUAAUCUUUUUUAUAUAUUUUGCUUACCUUAGAUAUGAUUUACUAUCUUGAUUAUUCAUGCCCUGUUGCGCAAACACUUUGUUCUAUGUGCCCUUGUGUGUCCCUGACUACAGGUUUAAUGUUUCUCCCUUUUUCAGAUGUUCCAAAUAAAUCAACAGUGAUUUAAAUAUAUAAAUGUAUAUAAAGUGAAACGAAAAGUGUAUCAUGUUGUGUUGAAACUCUAUAGAUUUUCCUCCUGUACUACCCCACACCACUAUUUUAAAGUAUUUAUUUUGGGUGAACAUUUUCCAAUCUGUUAAGGCGGUGUCUGUGUUGCACACAUGAUGUAAUGCAGGGGUGGGGAACCCUGUCUCGAGGGCCAUUUAAUGGCCUUGAGACCGUCUUAUCCGCCCCCCGAUAUAAUUUUAAUGUUAUGCAGCUUCACAUGAGAUAUGACGUUUUGUAAAGGAACCUUAGAAAUUAUAUUUGCAAUACAAUUACGUUAUAUUUCAGCUAGGGGACCUAGUGAAGUUGGGGUCCGUUGUAAAGGUGGCUGCCCUCAAUAUAGGACUAGAGUGCAAGGGGAAAUCCUGGUUUGCAUUCAUAGUUAGAGGACUUUUAUGGCCCUUAGAGGAAUUUGAAGAGGCCUCUCAAAUGAAAAAGGUUCCCCACCCCUGAUGUAAUGGGUGAAUAUCAAU